AAGAUGGUUUUAAAGUUUAUUGUGUCACCACUAUGAUGCAUACAUUUUGUUUGUAUCUACAGCAUUACAACACGAUAGAUGGUGACACUUUAAUUGAUUACAGAUAAAUACGUCUAGUCUGCCCAUUGUAUGGUGUAGGUGUCACAUGUCUGAGCAGUUAGUCAGUUCAGGUUCAGAACGACAGAGACUGGACAAACAAGAGAACAAGGCUGUAGUGACAGAUGUAGCAAUCUCAGGUGAUAGCAACAUCAGCAAGAAGGAGCACGAGAAGGCCGAGAAGUACCAAAAGCUGAAAGAAGAGACAGAGAAGAUGGGGAGGGUGAGGGCACAAGUGGAACCUGUGGUGAUAGGAACACUGGGGGCUGUAACUCCCAAACUGGGAGAGUGGCUCCAGCAAAUCCCAGGAACCACAUGUAUGAUCUCUGUCCAGAAGAGUGCAGACCUAGGAACAGCUACGAUACUGCACAGGACCUUCAAGCUCCCAGGCCUCUGGUAGAGGACCCGAGCCUGCAGGAACAAGACCACUCCAAGGAAGGGGCGAGUGGGGAAUAUGAUUUAUGUAUAUACUGUAUGUGCAUUAGAGUGAACGUAAAGAAUCCUUUUGUUUUUAGUUUAAAGCAAGUAUACAAAUAUCACAGUUUCAAACAUGUUACAAACCUUUCAAAUAUAUUUGACAGUAAUGUGUUUGACUUAUUGAAUAAAUUGUUAACUGUAGUUGUAUAGUAGAAGUACAAGUAACUCAUUAGUGUACAUCAAAAGCACAUAUGCCAGUAUGUAUAGUCAGUAUGAAAUGGAUGAAUGAUUGCCGCGAGAAAAUUCAAGCCACCAAAGCAUUAAUUAGACACACCUCAAGAACAGUAACAUUCAUUGUCUGUGAACGUUGUCAUGUUCAUCCUGAAGGUUUCAUUCAGUGGUAUCAGGACUAAUGCUUGAAGUAUAAUAUAAACAUUAUGUAUUUAGAUAAUGUGCAGCUUUUUGUCACUAGGGUCAGAUCUCAGUGCAGCAGAAGCAGAUGAGGGGGUGACUACUAUCUAUACCGUGGUAGGUGACGCAAGGACUGCUCUUCCUGUGGUUAGCACAUUUCUGAUUGCCACCACACCCAUGGGGCCCACUGUGAGAGCAAGAGACACAGGCUCAGAAGUGUCCAUUUUGUGGUAAACAUAUAUCUUAACCCAAACAAAAGUGCUACUUCAAUGGCCUGCCAAUCAAUUUGGCUUCAAACAGUCAAUGACAGUCACUCAGUGCAGUUGUAGCUUGUAAACAUUCCAAAAUGCACAGUAGGUCAAAUUCCACUGUGGCUCUGUACGUGCAGCACUUCAACUCUGUGCAACCAGCCAAACAAGGAGAGCCACUACAGUCAGGAGGUAAAUGCUUCAUGUAUUAGUACAUAUCUUGCCUCAUCUCAGUGUGAAUUUGACCCAGAUUAGACAAAUCAACCUCUAUAAAAAAUGUUGUAGGUUUCUAUGCAUGUUUGCUUAGUUUUGCAGGACAUACGUUGUGAGUAGGAGGUUAGAACUCUGACACAUUAUCUCAGUUUCUGAAUAUACUUUACACAGAAGAGGAACUAAGUAGGUGGAGUGCUGAGAAAGUAAAUGGGUGAAGGAAACUCUGUGGUUUCGUCAUUGCUUCUUAAGCAUUCAUUUUGCUGUUUGUCAGUUUGUGUGGGAUUUGCUUCAGUGAUCUGGCAGCUGUUGUUUGUCUACAUGUCCACUCAAAUGUCAGUGGUGCAAUGAGCUGUCUUUACAUUUCACCAACAUCGACAUAUGCAAGGACUAGUUACAGUAUGUAUAUGCACAUUAAAAGUUAUGUGACUUAAAAUGAAUGACACGGCUCUGCAUGCGUGUCAGAAUGUCUGGGCCUGGACACGCGGCAGCGGACGCCAUCCCGCCGCACACCCUGACCCUGCUGGCACAGGCAUGGCUGGCGGAGGACACGCCCAACUUCGACGCCGCAGGGGUGUGUGUGGGGUCACGGGAAGUGGAGGCUAGGCUAUUAUGCAAAACAUCUGGCAGCGUCCUUGCAGGAAGUCCCUUCUUCACAGCGGUGUUCGCGGAGGUCGGCUGCACGGUGGAGUGGCUUCACCAGGAGGGAGCGACAAUCGGUCCAGAUGCUGUGACCGUCACUGCUGUCGUGAGAGGCCCAGCGAGGUGUCUCCUCCUUGGGGAAAGGCCGGCUCUCAACUGCCUGGCCCGGGCUUCUGGCAUCGCCACCCGCUGUGCUCAGCUGCAGGAGGUUGCAAAGGUGGCAGGAUGGCACGGAGAGAUAGCCGGUACACGCAAGACCACGCCAGGCUUCCGCCUGGUGGAGAAGUACGCCAUGCUGGUUGGAGGCGCGUCCAUGCACAGGCAGGACCUGAGCGGAAUGGUGAUGCUGAAGGACAAUCAUGUCUGGGCAUCAGGGAAUAUUUCAGAGGCCGUGAAAGCUGCUCGGUCCGUGUGCGGCUUCAGCAGUAAGAUCGAGGUGGAGUGCCGCUCGGCAGAGGAAGGCAGGGAGGCAGCCACAGCGGGGGCAGACAUCGUCAUGCUGGACAACUUUCUGCCUCAGGAGCUUCACAUUGCAGCUCGCGUGCUAAAGAAGGAGUUCCCUGCUCUGCUCAUAGAAGCGAGUGGUGGAGUGACUCCUGAGAAUUUGACCACGUUUUUCUCCCCACAUGUGGACGUCAUUUCGCUGGGCUGCAUGACUCAGGGCUGCCCUGUGGUGGACUUCUCCCUAAAGGUCCUCAGUUCUGUGCCGACAGUUCUGUGAGACAAGAUUAUUUAUGCCAAGCACAACCAAGGCUUAAGUAAUAAGGAAAUAAUUCACAUCCUGUUUCAUUGCUGAUCUGAUCACAGCCGAAGAAGAAGUGAAAUCAUCCAAUCCUGUUUUUGGUUUUUAGGCCAAAUUUAUAAUUCGCCUUCUUGUUGCUACUUGUUAUAAGAUGAUGUAAGCCAUGUAAGUUUCUGCAGAUCAUCUGCUACCUCUUACUUUCACUGUAUUGUUGUUUAUUUUCUAUUUGUAAUUGACACUAAGCACUCAAAUAAAACCUACAAAGUUUC